GGCGCUCUAGUCGCCGACUGGAAUUUUUGGAUUAAGUUUAUCUCGCAAGAAUCCUUCGAAGAUGUCCACUCUGGACGCACGGAACAAUUCGGCGAUGAUGAAGCGGGCCGAGCAGCUGAAGCGUUGGGAGGAAUCCGACACUAACCGAGCAGCUCCCACUCCUCGGGAGGAGCACGGACGCAGGAUUAAGUUCACCUCCGGGUGUGUCUUCCUGGCCGCCUGCCUAUCGGGGGACAAGGCGGAGGUGAUUCAGCUACUGGACCAGGGAGCCGAUAUUAACACAGCCAAUGUGGAUGGACUCACAGCCCUGCAUCAGGCCUGCAUUGAUGACAACCUCGACAUGGUGGAGUUUCUGGUGGAGCGUGGUGCCGACAUAAAUCGACAGGAUAACGAAGGAUGGACGCCCCUGCAUGCUACAGCUUCCUGCGGCUUCAUGAGCAUAGCUCGGUAUCUGGUGGAGAACGGCGCUGAUGUGGCCGCCGUUAAUAGUGAUGGUGACUUGGCCCUGGAUCUGGCCAUCGAUGUCCAGCACAUGGCCAUGAUUCACUACAUGGAGAAGAUGGUGCAGGAGCUGAACAUUGAUGUGGAGCAGGCCCGCAAAGCCGAGGAGCAGGCGAUGCUAAACGAUGCCAAAAAGUGGCUGAGAAGCGACGCCGCCGAGGUGGACAGGCCGCAUCCGAAGACGGGAGCCACGGCGCUACAUGUGGCCGCCGCCAAGGGGUAUACGAAAGUGCUGAGCCUGCUGCUGGCCGGGCGGGGUAAUGUCGAUCGGCAGGAUAACGAUGGCUGGACGCCGUUGCAUGCGGCGGCGCAUUGGGGCCAGCGGGAGACGGCCGAGAUGCUGGUGGAGUCACUGGCCGACAUGGAUAUACGGAAUUAUGCCGGCCAUUCAUGCAUCGAUGUGGCCGAUCGGAAAAUAGUCAAGUUCAUGGAAGAUCUGAGGGCCAACAAGCGCAACAAGCGGCGACCAUCUAGUCAAAUCAGCAGAAUCUCAGAUGCAAUUGAAAACCAUGUGGAGAAGACGCCCACGAAACUGGUGCGCGUGGAAGUGAGAACUGAUGCCACAAAGGAUGCCGAAAAUGUAAAGCCUAAUCAACAGAUACAUGCUGCCGAGCAUACCGCCGAAGAGGAGGCACCCUGGAGACGCAAGUUGCCACGAAACUCCAAUGAUAGUCCCACUAAUAAUCAAGUUCCUGAUAGAGAGCUGGUCAGCAAUAGCUCAGAGACCGCCAACGAUGUCAUCUUGCGACGCACCCAGAGCUUUGAGAAUGAUCAAAAGAAACCAACAACAGGCACAGUUGCCACACCCACAAGCACAGCUUCACCGGCCAGUCCAGCUAUUGGAGUCACCCCACCCAUACGCAGCCAAGUUUCAGUCAAGAGUACGGGCCAGAGCGAUAAUGUCAGUGAUGUGGAGAGCUCCAAGCCGCCGCCCAAGCAAUCGGCGGGCAAUAUAAUCAAGAACUUCUUCAAAUCCUUUGUGCCGCCGGUACGUGACGAGGAGAGCGAAACGCAGCGUAAGGCCCAUGCCAAGCGUGUCAGGGAAACUCGGCGUUCCACCCAGGGUGUUACCCUCGACGAGAUCAAGAGCGCCGAGGAGUUGGUCAAAAAGAAGAACCUCGGCAUGGCCAACAACAAUAAUAACAACAACAACACAACUACUACCAGCAGCAGCAACGAAUCAAGCUCAACAUCCACCACUCAGGAACAGGAGCAGGAUCAGCCGCCGCAGGAGCAGCAGCCACCGCCACCGCCCACCACACCGCCGCCCACAUUAAUACCCACCGAUGAGACGGAGAUCGAGGCGGUGAUCCCCACCAGCGAUGCCAAUGACACCACUGCUACUUUCACCCUGGCCGCUCCCAGGAGAUCCCUUUCUGGGGAUGCGGAUGCCAACAGCGAUGCCGAGGUGGACCAGGCCGUGGUCAGUGCCAGCUAUACGAUAGUUUCCCGGAGGGAGAAGCAGCCCGACAGCCAAGCGGAGACUCAGAAGACUGAUUCAGUUGCCAAAUCAUCGAGUAUAGAGAGUCGGCCGGAGGAGGAGCCGCAUGUCAGGCCCACGGAUCUACCACUGAUUCCAGCCCCAGCGACGGAGGCCAUCAGGUCAUCCUCGGCGGCCAAUACGCCGGCUGCCCUCGAGAGUCCAGUGCGCUUGCGGGACAAGAGGGGACUGUCCAGCAGUCAGGAUGCGGAAACCAAGUCCGAUACUGCCUCACCCGUGUCGGGUCAUCCGGAUUUCAAUGCCCGGGACUCGCUACUCAGUCUAUAUGCUCGACGAACAACGGAUACUGGUACUGGUACUGGUGGUGGUGCGGGCAGUGGGGCUGCAUCCACAUCCACAUCGGCUGCAGAGCGGCGUCCGUCUUGGCGCCUGAAGUUCGAUGCCGGCUCCAAGUUUAAGCUGGAGGAUAUAACCAGUGGUGGCACAUAUCCGCCCAACAACAGCACUAUUAUACCCAGUGCUCCGGCGGUAAUGGCAGCGGCCAAUCUCUCCACCGCCACUGGAGUCCAAAGGCGCAUCAGCAGUGGUCCCAAUGCACUAAAUGCUUCAAAUCAAUCGCUCAACUCGGUGGGUCGUCCUGUUUCAGCGCCCAGCGAGAGCACAAACAACAGCUCCUAUGCCACGCCCGCGGCUCGCAAGUACGAGACAACUGCCACCUCCACGGGGACGACCACAACGGUGGCCACUACCAACAGCUCCUCCUCCGCCUCCUCCUCGAAUUCAGUGUCUGGAACCAGUGCCAAUCAUGCUACGGCUACCAAUGCCACAGCAAACCAUGACGAUAAAGAUAACGACAAGGAGAACGAUAAUCGCACACAGACCGUCAUACAAAGGAGACGCAAGCCAAAGCGCCGAUCCACCGGCGUGGUGCACAUCGAUAUGGAUGAACUGGAUCCCGAACGUCAGAACGAAUCGUCCAACAACGAUAACGAAGACAAGGAAAAGGAGAGUGGCAGCGAAAGAACCUCUCGCUCCCGACUGGGCAGCUCUGCGAGUACAGCCACCACAAGUGAAUCCAAGAGUUCCGGAAGCGACAAGGCCGAGAAUGGCGAUGGCAUCGACUACAAGGCUCUCUGGGAGGCGGCCAAAUUGGAGAACGAUAAGCUGAAGCAGAUGCUCAAACAGAAGGACGACGAGGUCGUACAGACACGUGCCACUCUCGAGCGAUUCGCCAACGCCACAUCGAAAAAUUCACUCUCUGAGCUUGAGAAACGCGAAAGAAGAGCUAUGGAACGGAAGCUUUCCGAGUUGGAGGAAGAGCUCAAGCAACUCGAUACCUACAAAACGGAUAAUCAUCGCCUGAAGGAGGAGAACGCAGCGUUGAUUAGAGUAAUUAGUAAAUUAAGUAAAUGAAAUUAUGUUUUACUUUUCAAUGUAUGUACGUCUGAGAACCUACUAUAUCAUCGAGAUGCAACAAUUUUACUUUAUUAACCAGCUAGGAAAAGGCUGAAAAAAAAAAACAAUAAGGAAGAGGAUCGUUAAAGCACGAAAUGCGCGGAAAAUUUCAAAAUUUGUUUAUUAUUUGUGUGUGUUAGGCAUUUAAGCAUUAGGUGAAACCAUGUUUCAAAUAUCGUUGAGAAUUGUUUCGUUCGUUUUUAUAUAAACACAAAAAAAAAAAAGAAAAACCGAAAAAAGUAAAAAUUUUAUGUAUUUGGUCAAAAUUUUUUUAUGCGAAAUAGAGAAAAUUAUUAUAAAUAAAAUUACACAAAAAAUAAAGCUUAUGAUCAGACAAGGAUUAUGAACUAAGCAAUGAAAAUUGAAAAACAAAAACCUUUAAAUACAAACUGAGAACAUAUUCAUCAAAUGAACCCUAGUUACAGAAUUAGUUUAACUACAUACGUAUAUAAACAUAUACAUAUACAUAUAUAUAUUUUUUCAUAUAUAAAUUAUAUAUACACAUUACAUAUUAUAUAUAUAUAUAUCUACAUAUAUAUAUAUUUAAAGCAACCGAAUCAUAAGUUCAACAUUUCAAUGUGUAAUAUCAUCAAGGAUCCUGAGUCGGAGAUGUGUUUCGAAACCAGCCCACGCGUCAACUUACUAAGUGUAAUCAUUAUUAUCAUCCAAUUGUAAUUGUGUUUUAGUGCUGCAUCGAUCGAUCGGUGAAACUAUCAUAACGCUAUGCUCUGUAUAUCCUUAAACUGAGGAGUCCUUAUUGCCGAUAACUCAAUGGCGCUACAUAUAUAUCUGGAUAGUUUACCGAUCCGACAGAUGCAUAUUAUUAUUUUUAUAAUUUUGGAGUACAUUUAAGUUAAGCAGACACACUUUUAGUUUUCUUCUUCACUUGGAAACGUAUUAUAUACAUAUACACUACAUCGUACUAUAUAUAUAUAUUUUAAAAAUGAUCAUACGCAUAUUUCUGUUAUUUAUUAAAUUCGCUUAAGAGAUUUGUGUUACUCGUAAAAUGGAAACGAUAAUCAAGCAUAAAAACAAAACAUAAAAAACGUGAAUUGUGUAAUAUGUAAAACUGUUUGAGAAAAUAUUUAAGAAACUUUAAUUCAAAUACGAAACUUAAUAAAUGUGAUCGCAAGCAAA